AUGAGCUCUCUGCGCAUCCCGAUCGAGGUCGCCGAAGUGGUCAUCGACGCCGUGGCGGCCCAGGAAGACUCCUCUCGGGCCCUCGCGCGCUGCGUCCUGGUGUGCAAGUCAUGGUUUCCCCGAAGCCGCCACCGCCUCUGGCACAGGCUCAUCAUUUCCAGAGGCGAGCAGCUAUCCGCGAUCUACAACACCCUCGCACGCGACACCUCUCUGCGCUCGAUGAUCCAAAUCGUCCGGCUAGAGGAUACCGUACUGGACUCGAAUGUCGACCAGCCAACAAUCUUCCCGAUCGCCGCCAUCGUGGUCCUUCUUCCCCACCUAGGCCACAUCACCGCAUGGGAGUUCCAUGGGCGGCUUCGUUCUUCCGACCAGUCUCUCUUCCCGACGUCCCCAGCGAUUCUAGCUUCCAAUGUCUACAUCUACGACGCUCUGACAUCCAGCCACCUCCGCACCCUCUCUCCCCCACCCAUCUGCACAGCAUCGCCGUUUCUCAGGCUUCGGAGCCGUAGACGGCGUGCGGGCACUUUGGCGCUGUCGGCGGACGAACGGUACCUCCUCUCCGACGUCACGGCGAUCUCCCCCUCCACCCCAGCCGCACACACCGAGUCGAUCUGCGUCUGGACACUGGACACCGGUUCCUGCGAACCCCACUUCCCCCAACACCGCGACAGCGCACCGCCGGGGACCGACACGCAGAUCUGCGCGACGUCCCUCCGCGAGCAUUCGAGCCCCGCCGCACUCGACCACCGCCCCCACGUCGUCGCGAUGUGCGACAACGGCACCCUGCUCACCGCCGCGGCCGGCUCGCCCGACGAAGUGGCGGCCGUCCGGCCUGCGGGGCUCCCGGCGGACCUCAGGUCCAUCUCGCACGCGUCCUUCUCCGCCGACGGGACGCGCGCGGUAGUCGUCGGCGCGCGGCGCACCCCGUUUUGCCUCGUCCUGGACACGUUCACGGGCGCGACGAUCGCCGUCCUCGACGACCGCCGCGACCCCACGCUCUACAGAGACGUCGACACGAUCGUGGAUCUGUCGGGCGACGGCCGCGUUGUGGCGAUAAAAAUCACGAGGUCGGAGUGGUGGCUCUGGAGGCUUGAGGACGGCACGAUGUGCGCUGUCCCGGGACGGUUCGAUGGCUGUAUGUGCGACUGA